GUUUCGGGUAGCCAUGGAGUAAAAACGCGUAUCUUUGCGAGGGAAUAUAAAUCUCCAUAACGUUUGACAUGUUAGUGUUUAUAUACACUUUCGUGUGCUCUAUUUAGUCUAGUGUCGAACCGCUAUUGUAAAUAACGGCUAGAUUUUUUACGAUCGCAAUGAACUUCAACUUGGAAACGUGAUUUAGUAUGGGAUGCUAAAAGAAUAUGCCAGUGUUGGCAGCAAAUCAGGUGACCUUAGCGGAGAUUCUCGAAGUGAAAGGAUCACCUUUGAAUGAAGAAGAGAUAUGGGCUGUGCUUAGUCAUGCUGGGAAGGCAAUUGAAAGAGUGUUGUCUGAUGGGAGAGGAAAGCAACAUGGCCAACCAUCCCUUGUCAUCUCACCUGAUACUUUAGUCUUGUCCCAUUUUGGUCAUGUCAAAAUCUCUAAACAUAUUGGUAGAGAAAAGACAAAAAAUCCAACAUAUAGAGCUCCAGAGCUCAACUCUCGGAAUGUGUCUCCCAGUGAUGGUGCUGUAGAGAAAAUGUAUGUCUACUCUCUUGGUAUGACUUUAUAUUUUGCUGCAGAAUAUGCUCUGAAUAAAUCUAAGAUGGGGCAUUUGAGUGUAUCCUUGGGAAACUUACUUUUGUCAAUGUGCGAAGAACUGGCAAAAAGUCGAUACUCCUUGAGGCAAGUCUUAGCGGCCUGUGGAAGUAAGUAUGGUGACUGCUUUUACAGCAAGAUCAUAAAACGUUUGGUCGUAUUGGUUUUGGGAAAUAACAUUCCUGAGCAUAUUCAAAGUGACGAAGUAGACGAAGAGAGACCCUUUGCGAGAGGCUACACCUCAGAUGAUCAGCAUCCAUCUCGGAGUCUUAGAACAAGGUAUCGCUCUAGCCUGGAACUACCUCCGCCGCCAUUGGCUAAUCGCACUUCGCAUGGUCAAGCGACAUCCGAGGAGCUGAUUGGUUCAAACGAUAGAAGGAUGAUCUCCCCUGAAGAGCAGCCGAGCUAUCAUUCUAAGAACAAAUACAUGACAAAGAUACCUCAUACGCUAGACAAGUACCGGAAGUACUUGGAAAAAGCCCGGCAUCAGAAGACGAUGACGUCACCAGUUAUUGCCGACCGAUCCAUUGAUCUAUUACGUAAUCGCUAUGGCAGCAUGCCCGCUAUGAACGGCUGUUACUCGAUGGAUAUUUCAUCGCGCAAGGCAUACGAAAGAACGCAGUCCUUGGACAGGAACGGUAAGGGGUACAACGGUAAAGGGAGCUCGAUUGAUAAUGGACUGUGGCGAAGUGAGAAGUCGAGGGGAGUUGGGACUGGAUCACUAGGAAACCUAAAUACAGGCCAGAGCAGCGAUGCCUCCAGUGAAACGUCCUCCCUCUCAGACCACCACAAGUCCACCUUAAGUUCGGCCCCGUCUUCUUCGCUGGUCUCGCUAAUGGAAGGGAGCUACGUCCCUGCCACGUCGUUGACCGACCUUGGCAGUGACUAUUGGGGAAGUACGGGAUCACUUAGAGAUAUUGGUGGAUCGCAACGGUCAGGAGAAUGGCAUCAUUCAUCCAUUGGCGACUUGAGAUCAGUGUCGCAGCAGAACAGUCACGAUCGAGGUGGAGAAAAAAACGGAAUCAUGGAUAUGAAAUCGCAGUGGCCGAACACUAGUGGUCAGCGGAAAUACCGUUCAGAACAGAACUUAGUAUCUCCCGGGACAACAGACGGUGGGAAAAAGGCGAAAAAAGUCCCAAAGGCCAAAUUAAGGAAAUUCUUUGGCCCAGAAUUUGUGCAAGUUUUAGAAGAUCCAAACCAAUCGUUUGUUAAUAUAACCCCGAAAAAAGCAGAAAAGAAACUUUCGGGUCGUCGAAUGGUCACCGUUGUUAUGCUAAAUGAACAGAGACUGCAAAUGGCCGUUGAGAUUUCGACCAAAGUGCAAGAGUUGUUCGCACAAAUCACAAAGUAUAUUGGUGUGACGGAGAAAAUCUAUUUUGGGUUAACGAGAAUUGAAGAUGAUGAACAUUUGUUUUUGGAUUUUGAUACCAAACUUUCUAAAUACGCUCCAACUGGAUGGAAAGAGCAGUCAAAGAAAUUUACGGGAGAAUAUGUGCUGUAUUUUAGAGUUAAAUUCUAUGUUGAGAAUUUGGCUCUAUUCAGGCAUCACGAAACCAGCCAUCAACUCUACCUCCAGUUACGUAGUGACGUAAUCAAAGAUCACGUGUACAUCGAUGCCGACCCAGUCCUAAACCUGGCCUCGCUCGCCCUGCAGGCUGAGUACGGCGACUACAAUAGGAAACGUUUUGGUGAAAAUUAUUUCAAACCUAAGCAUUAUUUACCACAUCGGAUUUUGGUCAAACUGAGCGAGGAACAUGUUUCGCAGAAACUCCGAGCUUUACACAAAGUCCAAUGCGGUUUGAGCCAAGAUGAGGCCGAGGUGAAAUUUAUCAAAGAGUCACAAAAGUUACCAGAAUAUGGCAUGCAUUUGUAUAAAACACAGUUGGGUAAGAAAGAAAAUGAAAUCAUAUAUUUGGGUGUUUGUGUUCGUGGAGUUACAAUAUUUGAAUUUAAACAAAACAAGAGAAAACCAAUCGAGAGACAUUCCUGGAUGACAAUAAAAAAACUUGCAUUCAAGAAAAAGAAAUUCCACAUCGAGCCUCGUACAGAAGGGCCUAAAAGGAAACAAAAUAGACUAACAUUUCUUAGUUCGUCUUAUAAAAGAUCAAAGUAUUUGCUGUAUUUGUGUACGUCAUUUCAUCGUUUUCAAAUGAGAAUGAAAGUCCGACUGUUGGCCAUGGAGGAAGCAGCUCCCGAAGAGAGAAAGCGAAACUCUUUGGCGGUUGGGUAUGGAGCCGCUGGCCCAGGGCCACAUCUAAACGGUAAUCGUGAAAAUGGUGAGGAAUUCCUGAAUAAUAAUGAAGAUGAAGACGAUAGCAGUUUGGAAUCACGUGAGCCUAGUAGAGCUCCAUCGGAGUAUGCGAUUCGCCAGAACGCGGCAGCUGGUAGCCAGGUCGACGGUCCCGAUGAUCUUCCUUAUGUGUUAAAUUCCACGCCGCCUUCCCCCUCGAGUUAUUCAGAUGCAUCUCCUUCUCCCAGAGCCAUCGAAAAGAGGGCAGCUGAAAUAAUUAUGUCGCCAGAUCGAAAGGUGAAGGUGAUUAAAUUGAAGAAAGAUGCAAGAGGCGCACUAGGUUUGACUGUUGUUGGUGGAGAGGACACAAGAAGACUUCACUUUGGAAUUUUUGUCAAGAAAAUCUCGCCCGGUAGCAUUGCAUAUGAGGAUGGAAGAUUGAAAGUUGGUGACCGUCUUUUGGCGGUUAACGGGAAGAGUUUAGAGUAUGUGAGCCACGACGAGGCUGUACAAUCAUUGAAGAACACGCCUGUAAACGUCGAGCUGUUGGUCUCGCAGAGUACACGAACGGACAAGGAUAUAGAUAUGUCUGUCAUAUACAGUCCAGCGGUUGACAAAACACAACGUCCUGCGCCAGCGCACGAUCAUCGAAUGUCCCCAUACCUUGCAGAGGAGCAGACAGCCAACGGAAACAUGCAUGGUAACCAUAGUAACGAUGGCGUUACUCUUGCACACGUCGGGAGGAACCUCGAGUCUGCUUACGAAGAUGAUGGUAACCUGCAAGAAAACAGCCCGCAAAGUACGCGCCUGAUUUCGGGGAACAGCACGGAUGCUCCCUCGUCGAAUCCUAGCUCGCCAGAACAGGGCACCCGAGAAAAUCACUAUGGCGGCGUGAAACUGCCCGGGAUGGCUAAUGGACGAAUAGAAGAUGUAAAACUGAAUAGGAAUGCUCAUCACAGAGCUUCGGGGGCAUCUCACGUCAGCGAAGAAAGUCCCGGAUCAAUUGCGUCAUACGGCGAAAAGGUGAAUCGCCAGAACUCGUUACCAAACUCCGACAUGCAAAACCGCGAGUCGAAGGGCACGAAUGAUGAUGAAGGACCGAGCCGGAGUCGUUCAAACUCAUGGAAUCAACAUUUCGAAAGUGCCUCAAUAAAAUAUGGCGUUUCUAGGAAUGCCGUCCCGCCCAGUCGCCCUAGAAUUGGAAGCGAAUCAGAGGUGAUGAAGUGGUCAUACAAAAGCGAUGUAAAAGAACUUCCAGUUGGGAUAAUUAUGGAUAGCGCGAAUCAAUUUACAGUUGAAUUGGAUAAAGUAUCUGGUAGUCUUGGAUUAAACGUCACGGGUGGAAUUAACACCAGCACCACAGACGGGAGCAUAUUUGUCAAAUCGCUCUAUCCUAAUGGCCCGGCAGACUUGGACGGGCGCAUACAAGUUGGGCACAAAAUUCUCAGUGUCAAUGGCAUCAGUUUGCAAGGGGUCACACACAAACAGGCUGUUGAAACAAUCAAACGUGCGCCUGUUCACGCUGUCCUAGUGAUCGAAGGCUCUCCUGGAGAUACUGCUGACCAUACAGACAAAGGGCCACUUAGAAACGACGUUCAAGGAACUGUGUUCGAAGUUGUGUUGAUCAAAGGAAUCGGUGGGCUGGGAAUGAGUCUUGUUGGAGGAACUGACUGCGGAGAAGAAUAUGGAGAUAAAUUGCGAAUAAAGGCGAUGUUUCCUGGUCAACCAGCGGAAAACAGUGAGAAACUUCGUGUAGGCGAUAUUAUUAUGGCUGCUAAUGGCGUCUCUUUGGCGGGAAAAACAAGUCGUGACGCAAUCAAUGUGUUGCGGGACCAGCCCACGCGUGUUGUUUUAACAGUCAAACGGGAUCCAUCGUCCAUUCCACCUGCAUUGCUGAGGCGUGGUAGUUUUAGCAAGAAUCUGGACCCGAAUGAGGUCCUAUCAGCUAUUCACUCAAAAUUUGACCAAGAUGCAUCUGGAAACGACUCAUUAUCUUCUCGCGCGCAUAACAAUCCCCAUGAACAUCACGAACCCCUUGAAAGUUCUUCUCAAAGUAGUUCCUACCCAAAACAGGAGGGUGAGGUGGUUUUGCGGGAAAAAAACGAGUUACACGAGGACAGUGAUAGGAUAAAUUGGGGUCAUGUUGAUCAAGAAGCAAUAUCACAAGAUAAAUAUAGGACAAAUGUGGAUAGGUAUGGUCAUGAAGGUACGUCGCUGGAUAGAAACUGGACAGAAAGAGAGAGUAGUGAUAUGGUAGAAGACAGUCCUCUCAGAAGGUUAUCAAAUCAGGAUGGAAACACGACUUCGGAACGAAAUCAUCCCCGGGUUUUUGAACCACGGACAGAAACCAUUGAGAUGUCGGAAAGCAUUUCAUUCGUUGCUUCUGAUCAGAAUGUUCUAUCGGGAAUUAAGUUCCAGGAGGGCAUUUCUUCCGAUAGCAUGUCCGAUGAUCAAAUCGUCGACGGUAAAGCAUUUGAACGUGUGGAAUCCAACAAGUACAUGUCUAACAGUCAGAUGGAUAAAAACGUUUCGGGUCACAAGGAUGAUGAAGCGAUGACCACCCAAAACUUCGUUGAUGAUGAAGAUAACCAGAAAGAAAGGCGAAAUAGUUCUGGUCGUCCAUUUCGGAAAGAGAAAAAAGAAAGACUAGCACCAGACGAAGAGGUUUUAGAUGUUGUCCUUCAUAAAGGUUCAAGUGGUCUUGGCUUCUCCCUGGCUGGUGGAGCAGAUACUGUCGGGGGGUGUUUCGUUCGGGAGAUUAUCGGAGAUCCGGCAAGAUCCGACGGAAGGCUAAAACCUAAAGAUCAGAUUGUCAUGGUAAAUGGUCAAGAUACGACGAACAAGAAACACAUGGAGGCAGUUAAUAUCCUGAGGGCGACCAGGAACGAAGUUCAUCUCGUUAUUCGUCGAAGACCUGAUAAAGUAAAGAGUAAAACAAAAGACGGUCUUAAUAUUAAGACAAUCUCGGUGAUCAGAACAACACGUGGUAUUAUUGGUUUGACAUUGGCCCAAGGGAAGCAGGGUGAGAUAUUCGCAGCUGAGGUGAUACCCGAAGAACCUGCGGCCAAAGAUGGGGGACUGAAACGAGGAGAUGUUAUCUUGGAGAUUAACGGGGAAAGGGUGGAUGAUACUGAUCUCAAAUUCGCUGAGGCAUGUCUGGAACGCGCUCGACCAGUGGUGACGUUAGUCAUUAAACAAUUUCGCAACGAAACUGAAUCGAAAUAUGUCCUUUGUUCCCCUACGGAAUCCGAUCAUGAAGUACCCUCGGACACAAGGCAGGCUCGUUACUCUAAUCUGACUUUAGUCCAAUCUCAGGGAAAUCUUCCCCAGGACGCGAAUUCGUAUAACCCGGACUUUUUAUCUUCCGAUGAAACAUCGCCGGAGAAUAUACCCCCCGAAAUUGAGUCAACCCCGGAGCAAUUACCUCCCAGCUUUUUGCCUUCUGGGAAUGUACACUCGGAGGAAGCACCGUCUACAUUUUUAUCCUUGGAUGAAGCACACGAGCCCCCACAACAAGAAUUACUAAGAAAGCUGUCAGCGGAUGAAAGCUAUAGCGAGGAGAGGAUUUCGUCAUCAUUUCCAAGGCAAGAAGACCUCGGAGAUGCAAUGCAGGGACCAGAGAAUGAGGAAUACCCAUCAGAUGACGAGGAUUUGCUUUUAAAGGAGGAAGUUAUUAUCACAUCUCUUGAAAAAGGACCUCGAGGAUUGGGCUUUAGUUUAUUUUCUGGUCAAACUGUCCAUAAUACUCCUGGAUUAUUUAUUCGUAGUAUUCAACCAAACAGCGUGGUUGAAGAAGAUGAUAAAAUCAAAGUUGGUGACCAAUUAACGAAGGUGAACAGCAGAGAUGUAGAAAGAUUGGAUCACAGUGAAGUGAUUACGUUGCUGAGAAGUCUGUCUGGCGUCAUAGACCUGGAAUUACUAAGAAUUCAAGAUGUAGAAGAUGACGAAGAGCCUUCCACGUCAUUGCCAAGGCAACUGGAACUCGACAACAUGGCGCGUGGCGAAAAUGGACGAGAAGUUCUUGAUACUUCCGCAUCGCCGGUUACGACACCAGAUUUCACAGAGGACGUUGGUAUAGUUCUAGAUGCUUUGCACACAAAACAAGAACCCCUUUCGGACAGUCAAGACUCGUUACCAAGGCCUGCCGAGGAGAGAGCACGGGACGUCGUCGAGGAAACAGCGAUGGAUCCGGCAAUGAACGACAAUAGUGAAGAGGAAAGAUUCGAAUCUUGGCCUCAACCACCGAACACGUUUGAGCUGCAGGCAAAUGUCUCGUCGAAAAAUUCAAGCAAAAGUGAUACCGAUAACCUGAACCCCGUGGAGUACAGCGAUAAUCCAGUGGCUACCAGCGAAGACGACACGACCUCUAUCACGUUCAGUGAGGAUGGAUUCCUGGAGGAAUUAGAAGACUUGCAAUAUACACCAAGUCCUGAUUCGGACCGCGUAAGGACAGCCGUGGGUAACCUUUCCGACAGAUCACUGAUUCCGGUAAAACCUGGUAGCACCCUAUCAGACAGCACCUCUCCGCGAUUUUCAGAUAAAACAAACUACGCAAAGACCAAACCUUCAUCUAAGCAAGAAAAUAUCGAGAUGUCCUCUUUGGGAGCGAACAAAAGUUCGAAACAUUCGGAAAUUGCUACGGAUAAUACAAUAAACAUUUCGAAUGAUGGUAGUCUAGGACAUUUAGGAGUAUCAAUGGGUGGUAACAUGGUCGAGACAAGUAUGAGUCUUCCCGGAAAACCUGUAUCCCCUCUUAUCCCUGAGUCAUUCCUCAAUGCAUCCCUAGCGAUGUCAUCAUCACAAGCAACGACUCCUGAGACUCCCCCUCCAGUGCCCACCACCCCGAUACCUCCAGACGAUAACCUCACGAGUAAUGUAGGCCACAAAGCGUCCCCUAGGGAUUCAGAGGUACAAGCAAUGACAAUGAGAGAACGGUUUGCAAAAGUUGUGAAGCAAGAGAACAAGGGAAGAUUUGACCAUCCACUGAGACCCAAGUCACCUUUAAUCGGUCGAAGGUCAAAAUCCGUUGAGCCUUCGAUGCCGUUACUCGAAAUCCUCAGAACGCGUCCUCUGUAUUCUGGACAACGUUUACAGAAUCUUAUUGAAGAAUUCGAGAAAGCUGUUUCGUCUGGAAAGGCAGCGGGCGAGUUUCAGGCUUUGCGUGAGAUGACACCGAUCGACAAUUGCCCAAGUGGGAAGAGGGCUUUGAACAAAGAAAAGAAUCGCUACAGGAAUGUAUUGCCAUAUGAAAAAACGCGAGUCAUCCUGACAGGCGACGAACAAACGGACUACAUCAACGCCAACUACAUCAAUAUCACCGUCGACGAGGACACAUUUCACUACAUUGCAACGCAGGGUCCAGUGCCUAUAACAACCGGCGAUUUUUGGCGAAUGGUCUGGGAACAGAAAUGUCAAGUGAUUGCUAUGGUAACACUAGAUAUGGAAUGUGGGAAGGUGAAAUGUCAUCGCUACUGGCCCGAGUCGUCUGAGCUUCCGGUGAAAGUUAACCAGAGUCUUGAAGUACAUCUGGAGUCCGUGGAAACAUAUAACAACUACGUUCAAAGAAUCGUCAGAAUAGAAAAUCUUCAAGAGGAAAAGUCUUUAACCGUCGUACAUUUAAAUUUCCUGGCGUGGCCUGAUCAUGGAGUACCGAAGUCUGCCUGUGAUUUGGUGGAAUUUAUCAAGCACUUUCGGGCCCAUUCGAGCGUUGGGCCUUCUCUCGUUCAUUGCAGUGCUGGUAUCGGUCGAACUGGAACGUUACUGACUAUCGAUACUUGUAUGAAACAUAUUGAGAGAGGAUUGAAGUUCGAUAUCUACCGUAUUGUUCAUAAUUUACGAGAGCAACGCCCUGGAAUGAUACAAACGAAGGAUCAAUACGUGUUUUGCUAUCAAGCUUGUGCAGAAAUAUUGAAAUCAUUAAAAGUCAAGGAGGUGAAAUGAAAUCGAUCAUGU